GACCCCAGAAGCAGAAUUGUUUUCCUCCUCUUCCCUCCGGUGAAAGCACCGGGGGUAUAGGUUUUUCACAUGCUGGGGAGGAGACAGGACCCCAAGAUCAUCAGCUUAAAGCACAUAAUGGGAUUGAGAUUAAAAUGGAAGAGCUGUGUCCAUGCCCUGUUUUUGGAAACCUGGAACUGCCCCAGAUGUUGGCAAGGAGGGAGGAGGAGGACGUUCCUUGGAGCCCCGUUCUGGGGACGGGUUGUGGCAGUCGGGGCCAGCGGAGGAGCCAGGAGGGGACUGCAUCAGGGCAGUUGUCCCUGCAGAAUAGGGGCACCCCUGACAUCCAGAGCAGCUUGGUUCCCCUGCCGAGUCACUCGGGGGAGAAACUGUUCCAGUGCGGAGAGUGUGGGAAGAGCUUCCCGCAGAAGUCCAGCCUGGUGACGCACCGCCUGACACACACGGGCGAGCGACCCUACGUGUGCGGCGACUGCGGCCAGCGCUUCAGCUGCAGGAAGUACUUUGUGCAGCACCAGCAAAUCCACUUGGAGGAGAAGCCGUACAAGUGCCCGGUGUGCGAGAAGAGUUUCAAGCAGUUCUUCAACCUGACGGUGCACCAGUGCAUGCACACAGGUGAGCGUCCCUGUGCAUGCCCUGACUGCGGAAAGCACGUCAGCUGCAAGUUGUACUAUGUGCUGCACUGGCGCCACCGCACCGGCAAGCGCCCCUACGUCUGCCCGCAGUGCGGCAAGUGCUUCAUUCAGCAGUCUGAGCUCACCAGCCACUACCGCACCCACACCAGGGAGUGACCCUACGUGUGUGGGCAGUGUGGACAGAGCCUCACCCAGCAAGCAAAGCUCGCCACCCACCACUGCAGCCACACCAGCUGGCAGGCCCCAGCCAGGGUGCAGCUGCAGCCUGGAGCUUGGCUUCCUGCUCCUGGAGAGGAGUCACGCCAAGAGUAAGGCUGCUGGGUGCUGUGCAGGGUAAGCUUGGCCUGGUGAGGCAUCAGAUGAGUAGCAGAGGGGAGACACGCUGUAAAUGCCAGUGGGUGUGACAGCUGCUGCUGUUGAAAGACACAUCUACUCCAUCACCAGUAUAUGCACACCAAGACACGACCCCUUCCAGUGUGGGGAGUGUGGAAGGAGCUUCUGCUACUCCAGUUGCUCCCUUAUUCAGGGAAAGCACAGCAUGGUGCAGUCACCCACAGUUUCCCAGAGCCUUUGGCAAAGGGUAGAGGCUGCCUGCUUGCCAUGACACUGGAAAGCUAAAGGCGGCUCUGCUGUGACCGGACUGUAAAUUGUGUCGGAGAGGGCAAUGAGGCAAGGUGCCAGAAAUGAGUGUGCAGCUGGCCGUCCUCGUCUGACAAAGCAGAAGGAGCCGAAACACCCAGCGUCUUGUACAUCAGCAGCCUCAUUUUUGAGCCCUGUGAGGAGGGACCAGAAUAGGGAAUGACCAACCUGCUGUUGUUUAAUGGUGUUGGGUGCUGCUGAAUGACUCUCGGUGCCUGCCCGAGGGCUGGCUGAACUUCAGGUGUGGGUCAAGCAAUGCCAUGCAUUUGUAAAUUGGUCCAGGCCCCUUGUAAAGCUUUCACUGUUACUGUUUUGUUCUCUCAUGCCUGUGCUACAGUAAUGAGAAUAUCUGCACAAAUACGUUUGUCAUUUUGGUUAAGGAAAAGGGAAAUGGGUACUUUGUGGAUUAAAACCCCUCCACCUUAAGAAGUUUAAUUUCAUGUCACUCCAGCUGCAAUAUUGGGGAUUUAGGCUUGGCAUCCAAUUCAUUUUUGCAUGAGUGGAGGGCAGUUAAUAUAGAAGUGCACUGCAUAUAUGACAAGAUGAUUGUCUCGAGCAUCCAAAAUAGGGCUGAGAACUUAUUAGAGCAAAAUAAAUGUUGGCUUCAUUAAGCAUCUCCUUCUCUUCAACAAAGAGCAGGGAUGUCUGCAAUGGGUGCUGUCUAAUCUGCCCUACGCUUUAGAGGAAGAAUGAGGGGAAAGACAGGGUUGUUGGAGGUAAGGCAAAGGGCACAAUGAACCUCUGAAUGCCUCUGAGUGGUUCUUGCAGUCUGUUUGGUUUGAUGCCAGUCUGAUUUAUCUCAUGGGAAGUUUGCACAGAUGGUGCAGGUUCCCCGAUAUACCUUUGAAGCUCAGCGGAGACUCCACUAAUGGCUCUGGCACUUUUCAGUGUGAACCCGGGGGUUUCUGUGUUCUUUUCCAUAAAAACAUGUGAGGUUGCUUUUUACCAUAUGCCUCCUUGCAGAGAGAGGACACCUGGGAGCAUCUUGUCUAGGGAAAGUUGAAAGACUUUUUUCUCUUGCUUCACAGAGUAUUUCCUCUCCUGGUAAACCAGCGUUUUCUACGGCAGUUUUCAUACUAAGAAGUUUGUGUUUCGUAUGUACGUGCUGGCAUAUCGCAUGCAUUCCCACAGGUGACCGAGCUUAAUCCUGCGAUCGCUGGACGUACCUGAGGACACGGCUCGGACGCGUUCUGUGCGAGCACGUGUGAAUCCCAGACCUGAAAGGGAGGUGCUGCAUUGGGGUUAGUUUAGCAGGGUUUUUUUCCCUCGGGGAUCUUGAGUCAAGUUAAAUCCUUCUGGGCCCCAGACAGGGAGGGACACAGAGCUCUGACAUGCACAAAUGUUGGCCUUGCCCUGCUGUGCAAGUAUUAGAAGAAAUUCACCUUCUUGGUAGCGCUCCACCGAGUCUCCGAAGGCUGCAUGUGUGUGAUAGCGAAAGCCUUAUUAGCGAUGACUCGGCUGUAUUAAUUUAUACUAAACUGCAUACUAUAUGUAUAGUACUAAACUGUGUACUAUACUGUAUUAAUUUAUACUAAACUGUGUACUAUACUGUAUAAUAAACUGUGUACUAAACUGCAUACUAUACUGUACUAAUUUGUACUAAACUGCAUACUAUACUGUACUAAUUUAUACUAAACUGCAUACUAUACUGUAUAGUACUAAACUGUGUACUAAACUGCAUACUAUACUGUAUUAAUUUAUACUAAACUGCAUACUAUACUGUAUAGUACUAAACUGUGUACUAUACUGUAUUAAUUUAUACUAAACUGCAUACUAUACUGUACUAAUUUAUACUAAACUGCAUACUAUACUGUAUAGUACUAAACUGUGUACUAUACUGUAUUAAUUUAUACUAAACUGUGUACUAUACUGUAUAAUAAACUGUGUACUAAACUG